CCUUCGCGAAAAGCUUCCGCCACUCUAAAGGGGAGAGAGACAGAGAGAGGGAGAGAGGGAGCAAUAGGACGGCUGUAAUCUCUCACAGGGUGUAAGGGAUGGCGACGAUGGGUCACCGGAGCUGGAGCAGCAGCGCGUGGGUCCUCUCUCUCAGAACCGUGGUGGUCUCGGCCGGCGUCUUAUCGACGGCCCUGAUGCUCCGCCUCUCGGGACCGUCGAUCAUAAAGUUCCUGGCCUCCGAGUUCCCCCGGAUGUACGUCUCCCUGCUCUCCUGGCUCACCCCGCCCUACCUCUACUUCGUCAUCAACGGCAUCAUCAUCUCCAUCGCCGCCUCUUCCCGCUUCCAGAAACCCGCCCCCGAAGGCCUCGAUCCGUCUGGAUCCGUGCCGUCGGUGGCUAAUUCGACGGUGAUCCAGCCGCCACUGUACGUGCCUCCGACGGAGGAGUACGUGGCGAAGGUCGCAGAGGGCGUGCGGCCGGAGUUCGUCGAACCGGCGGUGUACGGUGGAGCGGAGGUGGAGGGUUCAGGAGUAGAGAUGGCGGCGGCGGCGGCGGCGGCGGAGGAGGUGGAAGGUGAGGAGGACUUCGUGAUAUCGAGGUCGAGCUGGUCGCCCAAGCGGAGGGAGUCGAGGGAGACAGCGACGGAGUAUUCGGCCGUAACGGAGAAACCGCUGGUUUCCGUCAGGUUCGGUCACCGGAAAAAUGUGAAGCCCAGUCCCGAAGGGAACGCGCUGCGGGUGGCGAGGCCGAAGCGGAACGAGACGCUGGAGAGCACGUGGCGGACCAUCACGGAGGGCCGUCCGGUCCCCCUCGCCCGCCACCUCAAGAAGUCGGACACGUGGGAGACCCACGGCCGCGCCUCCCGCGACGAACAAUCCCCGGCCCCGCUAAUGCGCAAGGCCGAGACCUUCAACGACCGGGCCGGCCGGUCGCCGGUGGCUUCGUCCUCGCCGUCGCCGUUGUCGUCGGGCGGCCGGCUGAGGAGGGACCCAUCGUUGGGGCAGGACGACCUCAACCGGCGGGUGGAGGCGUUCAUAAAGAAGUUCAACGAGGAGAUGAGGCUCCAGCGGCAGGAGUCGUACCAGCACUACAUGGAGAUGAUCAACCGCGGAAGCCAUUAAAGCACGGAGGAAGAAGCGAGAGUUUGCGUAUUAUCGUGGACAAGUAAGCUGAUGAGUUGUUGUUAGAAACUUAAGAUAGAAAAGAUAAAGUAGAAGAGUGGUUUGUUUUCCUUCUUUUUAUCUGGGUUCAGAAGGAAGAAUUGAAAGAACAGGGGAAGGUCUGUGUGUGAUGCUUGUUUUGUUUUUAAAUAUUUUUUUAUUUGUUGGUUUUUCGUUUUCUUAUAUUUGAGUUUCAAUAUAUAUAUAUA